UAAUUGCUGGGUACAAAGCGAGAAUAUUUGCCGCUUGAAAGUGUAUUGUUUCGUAUAAAUAUUCUGACGGGCUGAAACAAAUUAUGGUAGUAAGUGGUAAAUAAGAGUAUCCAAAUCACGAUUACUACGACAAUAUGACAAAAAUAAAUACACCAAUAAAAGUCAUCGACUAACAUCAGAACUGGUUUAGGGGAAUUAUUGUAACGUUGACAAAACAUCCACGAUGCUCAUUUUGCAACACGAACCCGCAAUCGAUGCCAGCCGAAACAGUGACGUGUAUAGUGUGGUUAAGUCUGCUCCAAUUAGAGGCAAAUAGGACAUGGAUUUCUUUAAAAGCGGGCUCAAAUCUGUAUUAGGAGGACCUCCGGAGGGAGUUCAGCCCACCGGAGCAGAAACGGUUGAACGUCUUGUUGAUCGGGUGCAGUCCUCUACUCUUCUAGAUGAUCGGCGAGAUGCAUGCAGAGCUCUCAAAGCUCUCUCUCGAAAAUACAGGGUUGAAGUUGGGGCGCAGGGUAUGACAGCAUUACGACAAGUGUUGGAAGCUGAUCGAGCAGAUGCAGAAAUUGUGGGAUACGCGUUGGACACUUUAUGUAAUAUAACAUCUCCAGAAACCUUUGAAGAGGAAGAGAGGCCAGAUGGUGGAGGGAACGUGGGAGAGCAAUUCACAGAAAUGUUUCUCAAAAGACCUGAUGCAAUCCCUCUCAUCUUGGCGUUUCUAGAUGAAUAUGACUUUCAUGUACGAUGGCCUGCACUAAAAUUACUUAGUGCUGUUCUAAGCAACAAGCCACGAGAAGUUCAGGAUGCAGUUCUCGUCAGUCCUAUGGGUGUAUCAAAAUUAAUGGACCUGUUGGGAGAUGCGAGAGAAGUAAUCAGAAAUAAUGCUUUACUACUGUUAAUUCAGCUUACAAAAGGUAAUGCUAAUAUCCAGAAAAUAGUGGCAUUUGAGAAUGCUUUUGAUAGGCUGCUUGAUGUAGUUACUGAGGAAGGAGGAGUUGAUGGAGGAAUUAUUGUGGAAGACUGUUUGUUGCUCAUGCUCAAUCUUCUUCGUUCUAACACUUCAAAUAUGAAUUUUUUUAAAGAAGGUGGAUACAUACAAAGAUUAGCCCCAAUGUUGUCCCUUCCUUCUGAAAGUGACGAAGUUGGUUGGUCACCUCAAAAAGUUAGUAACGUCCAUUGUAUCUUGCAGGUGGUACGUACUCUAGUCAACCCUAGCAAUCCUGCUCAAAUUAUAUCAUCUUCUCAAAAACACAUGAGAUCAUGUGGGCUUGUUGAUUCAUUAUGCUCUUUACUAAUGGCAUCAGGAGUUCCUGCUGAUGUUUUAGCAGAAACAAUUUGUACAGUUGGAGAAGUUGUUCGAGGCUGUACUGAAAAUCAAGAGAUGCUGGCUGCGGUUAUGGCACCCUCCACACCACCUAGACCUGCAUUAGUAGUGUUAUUAAUGUCCAUGGUGAAUGAGAAACAACCAUUUUCCCUCCGGCUAGCUGUCCUUUACUGUUUUCAAUGUUAUUUGUAUCGUAAUGAACAUGGACAAGCUCAGCUGGUGCAAACAUUACUACCUGCCUCUGCUGAUGUUGGUCAAUUAACACCUGGCCAGCUGCUAUGUGGAGGGCUGUUUUCACCUGAUCCCCUGUCUCAUUGGUUGGUGGCUGUGGCGCUCUCCCAUGUUUUAUUGGAUUCCCCAGCACAGAAGGAACAGCUUCUCCGGGUGUUGUUGGCAACUGGUGGAGGGAGACCACCUGUGCCAUUGUUACAGCAAUUAUCAAACUUGCUACAGACUGCAAACAGCACACACACACGUCUAGGUCUUCUUCAGCUGCUCUCUGGAUGGCUGGCACAUUGUCCCUCUGCCGUAGCACAGUUUCUAUCUGCACAGAGUUCAAUCAGUCAUCUGAUGGCACAAGUCUCAGCCCCUGACCAAGAUGAGCAUGCUGGAUUGGUGCAAGGGGCCUGUGCAUUCCUCCUUGGAUUAUGUGUUGCAUUUAAUGAUGGGUCAGCUUCUGCAUCAGGAUUUGAUAAGGCCACACUACGUCAACUUAUUGAACGCCGUGUGGGAUUGGAGCUCUUCCUGGAACGCCUGAGCACUUUGUCUCGCCAUGAGGCAUAUGGUCGUGCCAGUAAACACCCUCAAGCACGUGCUGCUGCGCCAUAUGAUUUGCUACUUGAUCACGAAUUCUGUCGUCUUCUGCGGACAGUCGUUAAAGCUGUGACACCAGCACCAGGUGAAUUGGACGGCGCAGAUGGUUCAGGGGAUAGUGAAACUAGUCCUGUUCAACUAGACCGCUACAAGCAACUGAUUCGAGAUCAGGAUGCUCGUCUAAAUGAAAUGGCAGCAUCACAUAUUCAAUUGCAACAAGAACGUGAUGCCUUACAGGCACGUCUGGAUGAAUUAGUGGCAGCAAAUCAGCUUCUCAGAGAUGAAAACACCCUUCUAAGAGCACGAGCAAAUGCUCAUGCUGGAGAAGCCACCACCAAUAGUAAUGAUGGGAUUCAUGUUGCGGAACUCACACAGCGCCUUGCUGCGCUUACAGCUGAUAGUCACAACAAGGAGCAGAGAAUAAGAGACUUGGAGCAGCAGUUGGAGUCAAGCCCACUGAAAUCUAAUGAUAUCGAAAGAACAUCUGCAGACAGUCAGGAGGUCGCAGAUUUGCAAGCAGAGUUGUCUCGUUUGCGCAAAGAUCAGGAUGAUUUACUGGAGCUGUUGGCAGACCAAGAUGCUAGACUGACUACUUUUAGGCAAAGAUUGCGUGACCUUGGAGAAAAGGUGGAAGAUGAUGAUGAAGAUGAUGAUGAUGGUGACGAUAUCAGCACAGGUGAUGAAGAGGAGGAAGAGGAGGAGGAGGAAGAAAGUCGGAGAAGAGAAGGGUGAAAAAGAAAAAAAUGAAUUUUUGAGUGUUGGUUGUUCCUGCUACAGUAAGUUAGCACUGUAGUAAAUCCUCAGUCAUCCACUCACCUGGAGCACAAACAAGUGGUCAAGAUUAAUGAACAUCAUUGAGUGCAAUUACAGAAUUUACCAUUGAAACUAUUGUAUUAUCAGUAUGUAAAUUUUACUCCUAGUUACAAGAAAUGUAUAGUUGUGAGAAAGAAUGUGAGGAAUUGUAUGAAAGGUUUGUACAUGACAGGGAACAUCAUUUAAUGUAGGACUCUUGUAAUUUGUUUCUUUUGGCUUCAAAUGUGACAUUCAGCUUUUUAAAGUGUUAAGAUGUGAAUAAAUGUGAAUGAUAGGGAAAGGACAAGUUUGUAAAAAUAAGGGAAUGAAGUAGAACACAACUUUGAGAUUGCUUCUCAAAUUUCUUUUAAAGGUUGCUAUUGCAUUCUACAUUUUAAACAUGUAGACAUAGUUUUGUAAGAUACAUUGUAUAUAAAGUUGAAGGAACAUAAAUUAACUACACAGCACCACAAUCUGGCUAAACACUUGUCUAUGCACCCUCGUGCUACACAUCUUUGGUACUACAAUGACUGUAAAUAUUUGUACAGCAGUCUGAAAUCUGAGUUUAAAAUUCUUUAUGGCACAGUAAAACCUAUGACACGUAUAAUGCCAAGCAUAAAAUAAAGUUUUGAGGCCUAUAUAAAA